UAGCACUGCAGUGGGAUGGAAAUGGAAGUGGCCAUCCGCCACCGGCGAAACACGACCAGCAAACCACCGGACCACACCCGUCUGGCCCACAGAACAAGCGAAACGGAUAGACCAAAAAAAGGAGGAAGAAUACUAGUAGUAGCGGGCGACGCGGCCGCGAGGCAGGCAGGUAGACCACGCCGCACGCCAGCCAGCGGCCAGCGCCCGCCCCGCCGCGCUUCGGCAUUUUCCCAUUUUCUCUCUCUGCCGCCGCUCCCUCCCGCGGCGGACUCGAUACCCCGCCUCUCCUCUCGCGAACUAGGGGGCAGCGGGCAGGUGCCGGCAGGCGGCUCGAUCCCUUCCUCCUCCCUCGUCGCGGGGACUGCUGCUGCUGCUGCCGUGACCGCGAGCAUGGCCACCGGCGCCGUUACGCCGCCGCCGCUGGCUGGCGCGCGGCGAUUCCCCCGUGGACGAAGCUUCCUCCACCGGCGCCUCGCUACCUCGCCUAUGAAAGAUGAAUCUGUGAUUUCCACAGAUGGUGGAAAUGAGGAGACAGACACUGACAGCCUCCAUGUUGCUAGAGGAUUGUCUCAUCCUGGGCUUUCGUCAAGUUUAUCCAAUAAGGCAUCAGUGGUCCCAACCCCUUUGCUUCCUUCUGGACAAUCUGAUCUCCGGUUCAAUCGUCUUCGACCCUCAAUUGAUGAAAGUGAUUGCAAAUACAAAAGAUUAUUUGGCUGCUAUGUUGCUCGUGAGGCUGUGAUCGAUGAGGAAUACUGGAUCGCUGCAUGGUUGAGAGCAGAAGAUCAGUAUGAAAAUGAGUCAGGCAAUCGCUAUGUUGAAAGCUUUAAAAGAAAGUUUGCAUCAAAGGAAUUCCAUGCAUUAAAGAAGAGAUGCAACACACAACAUAGAGAGAAGUAUAUCUGUCUUGUCGCGGUAAAGAACGAUGACAUCAGGCGAACUGUCCUGAAUAGUGUUGUUGGUACCUUAGAUGUAUGUGUAAGGCAUCCUCUAUAUGGGGAGAAAUUUCCUGAGGAGCCUGGAAAACCGUCUCUUCACUGUCGAAUUUAUCAGCCUGAUCAGCCAAAAUUUGGGUAUGUAACAAAUGUAUGUGUUGCUAAAUAUGCAAGGCGUCAAGGGAUUGCUAGCAACAUGCUGUUAUUGGCCAUAGAUGCUGCAAAACUUAACGGUGCUGAAAAUAUUUACAUUCAUGUGCAUAAAGAUAACUUACCAGCAUGGAGGCUCUAUGAUCAGAUUGGAUUCAAGGUGUAGCAGUCCGAAAAGCUGUAGCAACUAUGACUAUAGUUCACCCGAACAGGCAUACAUAUUUUUUUUAAGUGAAGUAGAGCAAAAAAUCAGUUCACAACUGUAAUCCAUACCCAUAGAAGGCUGUAGAGAUGCAGUGUAUUUUUACUGUAAUUUCUUGUUGCCAAGUACCCAGGUCCAUUAUUAGUAGACAGUAGUGUAGCACGACGCAACAAAAGUACGGAAAUCGAUUGAUUGAACAAGCAAAUGAAAAAUAUCUCGAUUGCGAUGGCUACCUCUCAACUCUCAACUCUCUUCUUUUUUGACUGGAGACUCGCCAAGGAUGGAGAAGAAGUGAAAGAUAUUUGGUGGAAAAUAAUGGUAAAGCUAGAUAACUUCGGAUAAAGGCGACGAUACGAAGUGAGAUUUUUCUUUUCAUAAUUUUCUUUUAUUUCACUUUUACCGGGGAAGGUAAAUGGCGGGGAGUCGGGGACAUCAGUACAUCACAUUAUUUGGAGUGGCCUAAAGAGGUUUGAAGCUUAGGACUUGUUUGGAAGAGCUUCAAUAAUUCCAGAUUUAGUUUUGCAGUUUCAUCGUAAAUCAGCUUCGAUAAUUGGUGGUUCAGUGGGCUGUUUGUUUGGGUGCGUGUGCGAAGAACCGUGCAGCAGCAGACGACGCCUUCGUACCCCAAGCCCCAACAGAACUGAGAAAGGGGGCGUGAGUGAAGAAACGUGAGCGACGAAUCGUUAUGUGUGUAUCCGGUGGCAUGCUGGAUAAUUUUAUUGCAACUUCACGCUGGGGGUAUGAAAAUAUUGUUUUUGAAGUAUUCUUUGAAGAGCUUCGGAAAUUUUAUGAAAUUGACCUAAAGUUCUAGUUUUUUUUUUUAA